AUGUUCGAGUAUCACGAUGCUCCUAUAGGAGGACAUCGUGGACGGGAGAAAACAUAUCUCACGGUGAGUCGAGACUUUUACUGGCCCCGCCAGUAUCAGUUUGUGCGCAAGUACGUUCGCGCAUGCGAAGUCUGUCAACGAGUGAAGUCAAGUCCUUCACUGCGUGCACCUUUACAGCCUCUACCGAUUCCGGCUGAGUGCUGGGAAUCCAUCUCAAUGGACUUCGUCUUCGGGUUACCCAAAGACGCACGCGGGAAUACGAGUAUUCUCGUAUUUGUUGACAGAUUCAGCAAAAUGGUACACCUCGUGGCUGUACCAGAGUCAAUCACGGCAAGUGGCUGUGCUUGUGUCUUUAUUGACACCAUCUUCCGACUUCAUGGGUUGCCCCGUGAACUCGUAUCAGAUAGAGAUCCACGCUAUACUGCUGAUUUCUGGCGUUCCGUGCUCAAAUCACUCGGAACGCGCUUGAAGAUGUCGACAUCUGAUCAUCCAGAGUCAGAUGGUCAGACGGAACGUGCCAAUCGUGUCCUCGAAGAGAUACUUCGAGGAUACGUACACUCCUUUAAGAGUUGGAGUGAGUUUUUGCCAACGGUAGAGUUUGCCAUCAACAACUCGGUGCAUGCGUCCACGACACAUACACCGUUUUACGUGAAUGGCUUGCGCCAUCCGCGUGUACCCACCUUACUAGAUUGUAACUCUGGUUUAAGGGGGGGAGGGACUCGCGCGAGCAAAAACCGAUUUGGUUCACGCUCAUCACGCUCUGACGAAGAAGUCAUUGCGUUUGAUGCCGAUAUCGAUAACAUCGAUAUCGAAGAAGAUGAUGCCAGUGAGAGUGCGGAAGCCCUCACUGAAGUAGAUGAUCCCAGUGAGAGUGCGGAAGCCCUCACUGAAGAAAAGAUUGAUGUUGCUGCAGUGCGCUCACAGCACACUGAAGCUAACGAGUCGUCAGAUGAGUUCAUACUGGCUCGUGAAACGGUAGUCCGUUUUGUGCAAGACUCCAUCGCCGAAGCGGUGACUUAG